ACAUUUCAAAAAAAUUUCCGGUAUAUGGACGCACAUGGUAUUAUCAUUCCCAUUUUCAUUUUUCCCCUCCAAGCUGAAAGCAGAAACUUUUUUUGCCUUAUCAAAACCUAACCUUUACCCCCAUUCCUGCUUCAACCCGAGUGAAUAUCUAUCUUCUUUCUUCUUGUCAUUUGUAUGAAGGAAUCCUUUCUUAAUAGGGCAUUGCAAAUAAUUCUUAAACUUAUAACACCCAGCAAUAUUUAUCACAGAACUCAUAGAAGAUUUAAGUAAUUUACUGUAUGAAAAUAAAAGCAAGAAGCUAGAGAGAGAUGAUUAACUCACUUUAUUUGCUGAGGAACCAACCAAAUUGACAACACUUGCAUCUUCCUGUUAUCCACUAAUAAACCAGCAGAUGCAAAAUCCCAUUUCCUUUUAUUAGUUAUCAACUCGAAUAAAGCAUGCUACUUUGCGCCUCCUCCACGUGCGCACUUUAGCAAUGGGUAGCCAUUUUUUAUUCUUCCUUCAAAUUUAUUUAUUUUUUCUUUUCCUCCUCGUUAAAAUAUAACCUCCCUUCGCUUCAAAGUUAUUUCUUUCUUUCAGUUUCUCUUCUCAAAUUCCUCAAAAAAAAAAAAAAAAAAAAAAAGAAGGAAAUUUCCCCACAAAUUUCACAUCAAAUUAAAAUCUUUUUCAGAAUCUAUCUGAGAGGAAAAUAGACGCACAUGUGCAAAACCAAAAUGGCAGUAAACGCGUCUGACCCGAACUCAGUCCGAACUCGCCCCACUCAGUCACCCCGAACUCGCCCGAUCCAAUCAUCGCGCACAACAUCCGCACCAAGACAACCAACCUCUACGGCCUCCUCCUCCUCUUCCUCCGCCGCUCCAUCAACCUCCAACACAAGAACCAGCAGCAGCUAUUACACAACAACAUCAUCCUCCACUCUCUCAAGCCGCGCCUCUCUCUCCAGCCUCCGUGAUUCCAUUUCUCAAAGCCCUAACAUCUACGACAUCUCCGAAAUUCGCGCCGCCACCAACAACUUCCUCGCGAAACGGCACUCCUCCUCUUCCUCCGCCGCAUGCUGGCGUUGCACUCUCCGGAACACCGAAACAAUCAUAUUCCAGAGGAAAUUUCGCCGAAAAAUCGAAAUGUCAGAGCUCAUAGAAAGACUUUCUAUUCUGUGCAGAAGCCACCACACAAGUGUAAUCAAAUUAUUAGGCGUUUCCAUAUCUGGAGAUUAUAUAUAUCUAGUUUAUGAGUUCAUCAACGGCGCGAAUCUCUCUGAUUGUUUACGAAACACAAAAAACCCUAACUUCACAGUGCUUGCUGCGUGGACAUCGAGAAUGCAGAUCGCAGCAGAUUUAGCCCACGGACUUGAUUAUAUACACAACAAAACAGGAUUAAACCUGACCCUAGUUCAUAAUCAUAUCAAGAGCAGCGGUAUUAUGAUAACGGAACCUCAACUUAACGCUAAAAUAUGUCAUUUUGGAACUGCACAACUGUGUGGAGAAGUGAAUGAGAGUGAAAACACGAAAAACAAAGGGAAAAGCGAAAUAACUGAACUAGAAGAUGACGAUAAAGAAGUGAAGAGAUCUGACAGUGGAAAUGUGCAAUUUGAAGGAGUGAGAGGCUACAUGUCACCGGAAUUUCAAGUCACUGGGAUCGCGACUCAAAAAUCCGACGUGUACGCUUUUGGCGUGGUGAUUUUAGAGUUGUUGUCCGGUGAAGAGCCGUUAAAAUUCAAGUACGAUAAAAGUAGAGGUGAGUUCGUACGGACGGCGCUGAUAGAGACGGCGAGUGCGGUGGUUAACGGUGCUGGUGAGGGGAGACAAGGGAGAUUAAGGAGGUGGAUGGAUAGGAGAUUGAAAGACUCGUAUCCGGUUGAUGUGGCAGAGAAGUUGACACGUUUAGCAGUCGAGUGUGUACUCGUGGAUCCAAAUCGACGGCCUGAUAUGGGACGCGUGGCUGGCAAGAUUUCUAAGUUGUAUUUGGCUUCUAAAGAUUGGUCCGAUCAGUUGAAUAGAGUCAGUGACCAGAUAUCGGUCUCCUUAGCUCCUAGGUGAGUAAUUUUCCUUUCUUUUUUUUAAAUUUGGAAAACACAGUUUUGAUUAUUAUUAUUAUGAGAUUUAUCAAGUAAAUUGAUGGUGA